AUGCACUAUAUCGGAAACUUUCACGCGGAUCACUCAGUGCAUAGCAAAAUAACAGGACCCUCAGCAGCUCAGACGGCGCUGACCCAACCUUCUUGCUGUGUAAAUAUAACUAGUUGCACUUGCCGAACCGGUCAAGUUCUUCUCAAUAUAGAUCGUCAAUUUCAUCCUGUAAAAACUGGUAAUUCCGAUCGCCUUGAAGAAAGUGAAGAAAAGAUAAUGAGAAUGUCUGAAGUAAGAAAUGACCACAGCGAGGCAGGUGCAUCGCUUAGAAAGACGGACUCAUGGUCAAUGGUCGAGGGAUAUCCACUCUAA